GCAAAAGGUAGAAACUUCUGAGUGACACCGUCUGCACCAGAUCCCAAGGACUGAAGACCAGCGCAAUGUCCAUCGUCAUGCUGUUCAUACUCUUUGUGACAGCCUCCCUGGGGAACGUGCUGGCUGAACAAUACCCGUACCCAGUGAACUGUGGAGAACCCAGAUUGUGUUCCUAUAAUGUGGGUGCUCACUGCAUCAAGGGCCGGAGUGGUCCCGUGUAUGGACAUUGUGACUUCCAGAACGCCAUAUGCAAUGGCGAGGAGUGGGACCCCAGCAACAGCUGCUUUCUGCCCUACCCACUCUUUUGCGACCUACCGCCCGACCAACGCCCAUGUUAUCUUGACCCCCAACCCUGGUGUGUGGAGGGUCGCUCAGAGCCCGUGCGAGGUCACUGUGCCAUCCAGUACGCCAUUUGUGACGAAAACGCCGUGGUUGAUACAAGCAAUAGCUGCUUGCGUGAGACAAGUCUCCUCCUUCGUUGAACGUUUGCACUUCAUUGUUUAUUAUCCUUACUGACCACGUGACCUUUGUACUAUGUGGACUAAUAAAGUGCAG